UGUGAUAACCAGUCGACUAUGAACACUUAUCCAACAUACAGGCAGACAGGUGACUUCUCUGUUAACUUCAACAGACCUUGUGAAAAUGGCUCAGAUACCUGGAGGAUGGAGUGAGCCAAAGGAUGCCGAUAAGGACAUCCAGAAGAUUUGUGAUCAGGUGAAGGACAAAGUGCAGAAAAUGACAGGCCAGAACUAUCAUGCCUUCAAAGCAAUUCAAUACAAGAAACAGACUGUGAAUGGAUACAACUUCCUCAUCAAGGUUCUUGCUGGAGAAAAGGACUACCUUCAUCUGAGACUCUUCCAAGCAAGUUCGAGUAAAGCAGUGAUUGAGCUCAAGGGUGUGGAGCAGCAUAAGACCAAAGGAGACCCCCUCUGACCUACAAACUAAACAAAACAACUCUUUCAACAGUUGAAACAAAGCUUCAGUCCCAUAAUAAAGUGUUCUACUUCUUAAACCUAGAAGGGUUUGCCAUUGAAUUUAAAUGUAAGUAACAACUCAAUGUACAACCUUCUACUGAAAUAAUAAAAGAAAAAAGGGAUUAAAAACAUA